CUUGCAGAGGAGAUAGGAACGCAGAAGGUUUAUUCCUUUAUCUGUUCCUGUAGAAAUCUGUAUGUAGCUGUUGACUUUGAAUUUAAUUAAGAAAGAAGACCAAAAUUGUUCAUUUGGAUCCAAGGUCUGCCUGUGAUUUCAGCUGUAGGGCUUAUCAACACUGGAAGCAAUCAAGAAAGGAAGAUCAGUGCAGGUCCAUCUCCAGCGGUGACUGUGGUGGCCUUGGUGUGGUGGAAGAUAUUCACUUUCAGCAAGUCUACACUCAGGAACCAUCAUCUUCCCUCAGUCUGAGUGCCUCUGCCCUCUGUCUGUAUCAUUGACAGAAGUUUUGUGUCCAGAAAGGGGACUGUGUGACUGCUGAACUGACAAUUGACUCUAAUUCUUGCUACAAAGUUUGUCUCUGAUCCCGUGAAAGUGUCAAAAUAGUGACCUCAGACUCGUUGAGAACCAAGGCCAAGACUAUAGGGCUAUCCAUACAACUGGGCUUUAACCAUGGGUGGGAAAAGAAACAAGGGCAAAACUGCAAAAAGGGCUGGUGUAGAAGCUAAAACAAAGAGGGAAGCUACUGGCGUAGGCAGACCUGUAGCCAAGACCCAGGCCAAAGCAAUGGCCAAGCCAGAGUUUCAGGCAAAUGCAGUGGCAGAGGUGAAGGCAGUGUCUAAGAAGAAGAUUGUUAGUGAAAGGAAAGAAAGAGCCCCAGCAAAUUUCAGUCCCAAAGUUGAAGAUGAGGCCACUCAAGUGUCUCGGUGUCGUUCUGUGGUUAAGGCCAGUGCUAAGACCAAGUCCAUGUGUAAAGAUAAGGCUGGUAUUGAUACCUGUGCUGGGGAAGAGACCAGUGUGGGUUCUAGGUUCUGGAAUGGAGAAGAGACUAAUAAUAGUUCCAGUGCCAAGGAUGAAGGUAAAGCUGAUAGUGGUCCCCCAUCCUGUGCUGAGAAGUUGAAGCCUGUGGCCAGCACUAGCUAUAAAGCUAGGUCAGGGGCUGAAGAGGAGGAGGAAGAGAAUGUUAUUGGGAACUGGUUUUGGGAUGGAGAUGAAACUAGUUUUGACCCUAAUCCUAAACCUGUGAGCAGAAUAGUUAAGCCCCAGCCUGUGGAUGAAAUUAAUGAAAAAGAUAGGCCCAAGGACUGGUCUGAGGUAACUAUCUGGCCCAAUGCCCCUGCUGUAACUCCAGCAGUGUUAGGAUUUAGAUCUCAAGUCACACCUGAGACAAGGUCUCCUUCAUAUAUUGUCCUGGGCUCAUCUGAGGAAAAUGCUCAUGCGGUGCCUGAGGAAACAGAGGGCUCUUCUAAGAGCAUAGUCUCAUGCGCAGAGUCUCUCCCGGAGCACCCGUUUGGUUCUGACCCUUGCAUGCAGACUAUAGAGGAGAUUAGACGCCAAAUCAAGAUCAGGGAGAUGAAUGGGAUUAAGCCAUUUGCUUGUCCUUGCAAAAUGGAAUGUUACAUGAAUUCUGAGGAAUUUGAAAAACUUGUUGCCUUACUUGAGUCAACUACUGAUCCUCUCAUUCAUAAAGUAGCUCAAAUUGCAAUGGGGGUCAUUAAGGUUCAUCCAUUUGCCCAAGAUUUCAUUAAUGAGGUCGGUGUAGUGACACUUAUUGAAAGCUUGCUUAGUUUUCCUUCCUCUGAAAUGAGAAAAAAUGCUGUAAUUACACUGAAUAAUCCUUCUGGGGAUGAAAGACACCGCAGGAUUGAAUUACAUGUUAAACAUAUGUGUAAGGAAACCAUGUGUUUUCCCUUGAACUCACCCGGACAGCAAUCUGGCUUAAAAAUACUGGGGCAACUGACUACCGAUAUUAACCGUCACCAUAUUGUUGGCUGCUAUCUUUCAGAUCUUUUUUAUUUGAUUUCCCAGGGAAAUCGUAAAACCAGAAAUCUUGCUUUGAAGGUACUUUUGAAUAUGUCUGAAAACCCAGUUGCAGCCAGAGACAUGAUCAAUAUAAGGUCAUUGGCAGCGUUAAAACUAGUCUUUAACCAGAAAGAAGCAAAAGCCAAUCUCGUUAGUACUGUGGCCAUAUUUAUUAACAUAAAGGAGCAUAUCAGAAAGGGAUCAAUUGUAGUUGUCGAUCACUCUAGUUACUGUACACUCAUGGACAUUUUCCGUGAAGUUAAAGCGAUUAUUGAAACACUGUAAAAUGAACCAGAAAUAGAACACAGAAUAAUCUCCAAAUUCUGAUAGGCUGUCUGUUCUCAAAGAGCCUUGCAUAAUAUUUUGUUUGUUAUAGUGUGCACAUUAUAAAUGACAUCUUGAACACUUGUGGUAGUCUCUAGGUUUGAGCUAGACCAUUUUUGGGGUAUCAAGUAUUAUUACAUUGUGAGUUGAAAAUGUUGAUUUUUAUCUUGUGUAGAUGGGGCACUUUUCAACGUUUUACUUAAUAAAUUAGUGAACCAGUUCAUCCUAAGUAAGCUAACUUGUUCAUUAGUAUCUGCUUAGAUCCAUUUGUGGCUUCAAAUGGCAAAAAAAUAGCCUUAAUUUAUAAUCUAGUUGCAGAAGUAAGGCAUAUACACACCAAAAGAUAACUAACAGAUCAUACAUGCAUUUGCACAUUCAUUGUGAAAUGUACACUCUCAACAUAAAGGAGGUAGGUGUGUCUAUAAGUUGUUUAAUAUAAGAAUUCAUUUUCCUCCUAUUCUGCCUACAUCAUAUAGCAUAUUCUACAACCUAGAAAUGGCCCUGAAUCCUAAUUAAAUGUAAGAUUCACUUUUAAAUGCCACUACUACAUUUAUAACUCAUUGUUAGGCUAUUUCAUUUGUUGAGGUCAUUUCACAGAAGAGAAAGGAGGUAGGUAUAAGGAGGAAACAUUUGCUAAAUACCUGCUCUUAUGUCAGAAAAUGUGUUGGCACUAUACAGUUUUUUCCCCUCUUUUGGCAAUGGUCCUGUGAGUCUAGGUACUGGUAGUUAUUUCUUUUUUGUAUGACUCAUUGUAGAUUACUGCCAAUGAGAAUUGGGGAGGUUAAAUACUUUUUUCCUAGAUUCCCAUAGAGGCAGGUGGCAUAGCUGUUCUAUUAAAAACAAACAAACAUUUACUAUGCUACUUUACAGUCAUCUCACUUUUUUAGAUGGUGGCAUUGAAGGCUCAGAGACUGGUUUUAAUGAUUCAUUUUGCUGUAGAUAAUGCCCCUGCCAGUUUUGCAAUUCUUUACUUCCUCCAAAUGCACAUGUCCAUUAGGCAUUUGGGUUCUGGAGAAAAGUCUGGGAUGAGUGUAUGGAUAUGAACUGGCAGCGCCUGGAAAGUAGUAGGUACCCAAAACUAUUGAAUAACAUGUAAAUUUGGAGUCAUUAGCAAGUAAAAUUUGCUAUAUCCUUAUCUUUUUCAACCUGAUUAUAUUUUUUUGUCAAGAGAAUGACUCAUUCUGUACAUUGUUUCAUACAUUACAUUUUAAAAAUACUGCUUCCUCCUUGCAAAAUCAUAGCUUAAUUUUUUAUGAUUUUUUUCUAUUUCAUAUGUGUCAUGAAAUGUCAAAAGGAUCCAUCAUUUACUAGUAGUCUAGUCUACAUUCUGCAUUUGUACCAGCUAAAACUACAGGAUAGACUUAAUCGGAGAAAUUUAGACCCAGAACUGCAGCUUUCUCAACACAGAACAGGAAAGCUAGGAGAGAAGCUGCUGUCUCAACUGACAUAACAGUGAUUCCUGGAAGUCUUCAUGGUUCAGAAAGCAUCCCCAGGACUUUUGGACUGUGGCUGUGUUCUCUACAGUUCAUGGUAGGAACUACAACCCCUGAUCUGAGUUGAAGAGAAUGUCCCAGUGUGCAAAAAUAGUAGGUUAUAUGCUUUGAAAUUUUUAAACAAGAAACUAACACAAGAUCAUACUGUAAAUUUAUGUUUAUAACUUGCUUUCCCCCCACUAUCUGUAUAUUGUGAAUAUCUUUGCAUGUCAAUAAAUGUGUUACUGCAGCAUA